AUGACUACACCUCCACAGCAGCAAUCGGAUCCGGCGCAACCUCCCAUCGAUCUCUUCUGCGGCUGGCCGAACCCCGCGCUCCUCCCCGCUCCCGAACUACUCCGCUCUGCCGCGACAGUCUUGACGACGCCCUCAAUUGCCCGCCCAGCUUUGCAGUAUGGUCCCGACGAGGGAUACGGACCUCUACGAGAGCAUAUAGCACAAUGGCUCGAGUCCUUCUACCGGCCCAGUCAGCCCAUCUCGCCGGGACGCAUAUGCAUCACGGGCGGAGCAAGUCAGAAUCUCGCAUGUGUGCUGGCGGUCUUCACGGACCCGGUGUACACGCGAGAAGUGUGGAUGGUGGACCCGACGUACUAUCUGGCUGGGCGCAUCGUGGAGGAUGCAGGCUUUGCAGGUCGAAUUCAUGGAGUUCCCGAGGACGAUGAAGGGAUUGACUUGUCGGUCCUCGAGAGGGGAUUACGCACGGCGGAAGACAGGGCGCUGCGUGAGGGCAAUAUCAAACCAGUAUACAAACCAGAUCGGCCCUGGCGAAAGAUUUACAAAUAUGUCAUCUAUGCUGUUCCGACAUUUGCCAACCCCUCAUCCAAGAUCAUGUCGUUGGCUCGCCGGGAACAACUAGUCCGACUAGCGCGCCAAUUUGACGCCCUGCUGGUCACCGACGAUGUGUAUGAUUUCUUACAGUGGUCAGCCUCUCCCGGGUCCAAGCUGACCCAAUCUGACCGUGCAUGUCUUCCGCGGUUGGUGGACGUGGAUCGGUACCUGGACGGUGGCCCCGCCGAUGAAUGGGGCCACGCCAUCAGUAAUGGUAGUUUCUCUAAACUUCUCGGUCCUGGUGCCCGUACUGGAUGGGCCGAGGCGACUGAAAAGCUUGCCUAUGGAAUUUCACAAGCUGGUUCUUCGCGAUCCGGCGGUGCUCCUUCCCAGCUGUGUUCCACCUUCAUUGAUCAACUCAUCCCCUCGGGAUAUUUGAGUACGUGGAUCUACGACGUGUUGCAACCAGCGUAUGCGAGCAGAUAUCAUGCGCUCCUGGCCGGUAUUCGGGAGCACCUAGUGCCACUUGGCGUAACAAUACACUCGGCACAGGAAUUCACGGUUGGCGGUUAUUUCAUCUGGAUCUCGCUUCCACUCCCUCUCUUGGCGGAAGAGGUCGUAUCGGCCGCACAGCAACGAGAGAACUUGCGCCUAGCUUCGGGUACACUCUUCGCAGUAGGAAGUCCACAGCCGCCCAGCGAUCGGUUCGCGGGCUGUGUGCGCCUCUGCUUUGCGUGGGAAGAGACACGUCACCUGGGCGAGGGAAUGCGCCGGCUGGCACGCGUUUUGAGACAUUUGUUGGAAAAGGAUCGCUCUUGA